AUGGGAGUCCAAGAGUUCUUUCAUUUACCAGUUUUCCUCUCUAUGUUGGUAUCGUUUGACUCAGUUGUUACUCAGUGCCACCAUAAUACACGCGAAGUCUCCAUCCUUGGUAAGAUGCUUCAAAAACACAUUUUUAAAACAAUCACUGGAGCAGCAUUCGGUGAUGUGUGUUUGCGGGAGUGUUAUCGUGACGUCAGAUGCCAAAGCUUUAACUAUGUGUUCACCCAAAACAAGUGUGAGCUGAGUAACCGCACAAAGGAAGCCAGGCCUGAAGAUUUUGUACCCAACUCUGAGAGAUAUUACUUCAGACGAGAUAGGAAGAGAGCUAUUCUCGGUGCCAUUCCCGAGCUGUCUGCAGACUCGUGCAAGGAAAUCAAGGCGAGUGAAGGUGGACAAGCGGUCAGCGGAAAAUACUGGCUGAAUUUUAUCAAACCUGACACUCCUGUGUUGGUUCAUUGUGACAUGAAAACCGAAGAUUCUGACGAAUGUAAUGCCUCCGUUAGUGUUUGUGAUGUGAACGCUGACUGCAAAAACACUCUGGGAUCGUAUCGCUGCUCUUGCAGAGCCGGUUUUUCUGGAGAUGGACAUACUUGCAGAGGUGGGAAGAAAUUUAAUCAGAAAACGCAAAAAAAAGCCGAUUGCCAGAACAUUUUAGGCUCUUAUCAGUGUUCUCGCAGACCUGGAUUUUUUGGCAUUGGUACAAAUUGGUACCGACAUUUGGGUGCUGUCAAUCUCAAAACCGAUGGGAGAAGGGGACGCUUUGGAACUAUACAGACGUUCAUUGUUCCACGGACCACCCGCUAUCUCAUCAAAGCCUGGGGAGCUCGGGGAGGAACACAUUCAUACGAUUAUGGAGACAAUCCAGGAACAUAUUAUGGUGGAAAGGGAGCGUUUAAAGAAGGGAAGUUUAGACUGAAUAAGGGAACAGUGUUAAAUAUUGUGGUGGGAAAAAAAGGAGGAGAUUCAGUGGAGGUUAAAGGCGGACAAAGCACUGACAAAACAGCAGCUCAACUAGGAGUGUCCGUGGAAGACAAUGCUGGCACUGGAGGAGGGGGAGGAAGUUUUGUUUAUACUACAGCUGAUGUUCUGUUGCUGGCUGCCGGAGGAGGAGGGGGUGCGUCUGGCGGAUAUAAUGGUGUGGAUGGUCAGGCGGAAUCAAAUGGCACCAGUAGUGUAGGGCAGGUUUCGUCAGAAGUUCGAAAUGGAGGCAUAGGUGGGCAGCCAGGUGAAUGCAACAGUGAGGGCGGUUACCACCAUGGAGGAGUGGGAGCGGGUUGGUUUGGUCAAGGUUGUACCCGGCUAAGCUCCUCCCAUGGGGAAAGAGGUGGAUCACGUGCGCAAGUGUGGAUCGGAGGUCAAGCCGGAGAUAUGAAUAGCGGUAAUAACGGGGGCCCUGCACCAGGAGCAGUUGGUGGGUUUGGUGGUGGGGGAGGUGGAGCAGAGGAUAAUGGUGCAUCAGGUGGAGGUGGUGGCUACUCUGGGGGGGGUAGUGGUACCCGUUGGCAACAAGCCGGAGGUGGAGGAGGCUCGUACUGUAAUGGCGAAGAUUGUUCCGGUUUGGCUGGUGGGAAUUGGAAUGAUGAUGGCCUUGUGCAAAUUAUGGAAUUGUUCGGCUGA